UUCGGACCCGAAGGAAAGACCUUAGCGCCAAGGAGGCCAUGAGGCGCGGCGUUCGGCGGGCGCCUUCCCGGAAGCGGAAGCUUGGGGGGCGGGACAAGGGCGGUCCGGACGCCUCGGCGGUUAAUCCUUUUUUCUUUACAGCUUGGUUUCCCUACGUCUGGGCUGUUCUGAAGCUGAGAGAAAUGGUCAGGUCCGGAUCUCGACCGGGCCAGGUAAUAUCUGCAGGAAGGUGCCCGGGAUCUAAGUUAACACAUGGAAAGAAAGGGACCCACUCAAGAAAAACAGCACAUUUGAAUGCAGAUUCUACCUGUCCUGUUUAUUCUGAUUCAGAAAGUCAGACAGAGGCUGUGCAGGGACUAGAUGGCUGUGCUUCUUUGCUGCGGGACAUUUUGAAAAAUGAAAAUCCAGGUUCAGAAAUAAUGUAUUUGGAAAAUAGAUGCAAUGCCAGACCUUUAGAAGGCAAAAACUGCAGAGCUAAAAAGAAAGGACCUGGAAAACAUACUCCUUCAGUGGUCCGAAAAGAAAAAUUAUCUUCAGAAAAUAAGAAAUGGAUAUCUAAUGAAGCUUGCACUGGAAGUGAAAGAGACACAUCAGACAUAGCACAGCAUUGGUCAUUACAAGACCAUUAUAGAAUGUACUCACCGAUAAUAUACCAAGCCCUCUGUGAGCAUGUGCAGACUCAAAUGUCACUGAUGAAUACCUUGGCUUCAAAAAAUGCCCCCAAUGGAAUGCCUACUGCGUGUCAUACUGUAUCUGGUUUAGAAUCUCAGACAACACCUUAUUCUGGUUAUGGCUGUUAUGCUUCACCUUCACUCUGGUCACCUCAGCAACCGUCCUGCCCUCUAAUGGUUCACUCUGAAGUUCAGACUGAUGGUGAUAACCAUCUUGGAUCACAAGAUCAAACAAGCUCUGUGAACUGCCCUGAUAUUCCCAGGAAUUCAGUUAGUGUUCAUUCUGGAAUUCUGGGUAGCCUUCCCCACAUUGACAAAGCAGCUGUUCCAACGCCUCAGCAGCUGAGUCUUGCUAAUUGGAUUCUGCCACAACAAAGAGCUCCUAAGGAAGCAGACCUACUAAAGUGUUUCCAAACACAUAUGUCUCUGUUUCCAGCUCAUGGAAAAGAUGCUGUCUCGGACAGUCAGGCACACCAAAGCCCCACUCAGUUACAGCCAGCCUUCUUGGCCACUAAUGAAGAAAAAUGUGCCAGAGAACUAAUUGGAGAGGCCACAAGUGAAGGAAAGUAUUUAAGCAUGCAUGUGCAAGAUGCAAAAAUAGCCAAGAAUGUGCAGCAGGCAGAAAAUGUGAGCCACACUGCUGAAAAAGUCAGAAUUGCCAAGUGCUUGUUGGGAGAGCUCAAGGCCCUGGUCACAGAACAAGAGGAUUCAGAAGUUGAGAGAUUGGUAACAGAAAUAGAGGCAUGCAUAUCUGGAUUUUCAGCAGUGAGUGGCCACCCAAAUGUAGAAGUUGAAAUAGCACUGGCCCUGCAGCCACUGAGAAGUGAGAAUGCUCAAUUGCGAAGGCAACUGAGAAUUUUGAAUCAGCACCUCAGAGAAGAAGAGAAAACUCCAAAGGCACCUGGUAACCUUGAAUUGUUUUCCCUUCAGUCGUUGAAUAUGUCGCUGCAAAGUCAACUACAAGAGUCACUGAAGAGUCAGGAGUUACUACAGAGUAAAAAUGAAGAGCUCUUAAAAGUGAUAGAAAACCAGAGAGAUGAAAACAAAAGGUUAACGACUGUGUUUAAAGACAAAGAGAAAAGUCUUCUUCAGAAUAAACAGCAGUUUGACAGUGAGAUGACAAGGGUAAAAAUUGAACUGGAGGAAGCCUUGGCCAAUGAGAAGAACUCUCAGUUUAAACUAGAGACUGCAGAAAAGGAAAAUCAGAUACUGGGAAUAACACUACGCCAGCGUGAUGCUGAGGUUGCUCAGCUUAGAGAACUAACCAGAACUUUACAGAAUAGUAUGGCGAAACUGCUCUCAGAUCUCAGUGUGGACUCUGCCCGCUGCAAGAUGGGGAGUAACCUCACCAAGUCACUUCUGAAUAUUUAUGAUCAGCAACUUCAACAGGACCCAGCCCCUCCCCACACUUCGGUAAUGAGCUACCUAAAUAAACUGGAGACAAAUCACAGCUUUGCACAUUCAGAGCUCCUCACAAAUGAGGAAGCCACAGAGCCACACAGACUGUGUGAAAAGGUGCUGCCCUUACAGGGCCCUCCACACAGGGACACUAGGGCAGUGGGUGGGGGGUCUGCACCUGGAAUGGCUUCUGAUGUUUUAGUGGAGGAUUCUGAUACAGAAUGUGAAACUAUCGCUUUAAUAGAAGAUGAGUGUAACGUGGACAGUACACUUUACAUUCCUUUUGCAAGAAGCACUUCUAAAAAGCAUUCGCCACUUUCUGAGAGGCUGUCUCCCCAGCCAAUGAAAAGUGUUGCUACAACACAGCUAAGCGGCGGCAGCACACAUGCCUCUAAAAGAGAACAUAAACCGUGUGCACCACUAGUUUGUUCUUCACGAAAUGAAGGAGAAGAUGCUCCUGGGAAUCUUUCCAGAACAUCUGACACAGAGGACAUGCAGCUCCUCAGGAGAAUAAAGGAAGCAAUUGAUAAGAUCCCUGGUGCUGCUGCUGGUGGUACUAGUACUAGUACUGAGCACCCAAAAGAACAGGCCACACAUCAUGGGCUAUCAGCUUGUCGCAGCCCUGGUGUUCCAGUGAGAGGCAACAUCGUCAGUGAUGUCAGCUUUCUGAAUUCAGACUUGACAUCAGACUGGAGCAUCUCCUCUUUUUCGACGUUCACCUCUCAUGAUGAACAAGACUUCAGAAAUGGCCUGGCAGCAUUGGAUGCCAACAUUGCUCGACUCCAGAAGUCCUUAAGGACUGACCUUCUGGAGAAAUGAGUUUGGAAAAAACUGAUUGAAUGAUUUUUGUUAAGAGUAGAACUUGGCUAUAUUCAUAGUAUAUUUUAGGUUUCCUUAGAGAGAACAUUUUAUACUAUUAAUUAUGUGUGAAAUAAUGGAAUAAAUUUACUGUUAGAAUAUUUUAACACCUGAAGCUUUACAAACAAAUUUUCUUAAGAAAUUAAUGAUUGCUAAGAGAAGAAAGUUGUAGCUAACUGAGCAAGUGUGGUGGUGCUUCACAGAGAGAAUCUUUACCGUGUAACUGCUGGGUCAGUGCUGCAGGGACCAAGGAUUCUGGCCACCUGAAGGAUAAUGGGAAUGGAGUCGUUAAUUAAAGUUUCCUCUCUGCUUUGGAA